CGGAGAUGGAGAGAUGGGUGACAUCGGCCCUUAAGAUGGAUAGGAGUAAGGACUGUCAUUGCGAAGAGGGAAGACAAUGAGCAAACUUCUGCCUGCUCCCAGCCUGAGAGCUCCGACCCUGCCGCCGGCGUGCACCGGACAACAAUAGCGAGCUGGAGGCUCGGAGAUAACGAUAGAUCCGGGGGAGCAAGAAGGACACGGCAGGUCUGCAUAAAUGGACACUGAUAUGGACUACGAACGACCCAAUGUGGAAACCAUAAAGUGUGUGGUCGUGGGAGACAAUGCAGUGGGCAAGACACGGCUCAUCUGCGCAAGGGCAUGCAACACCACCUUAACGCAGUACCAACUCCUGGCCACCCAUGUACCCACAGUAUGGGCAAUUGACCAGUACCGAGUCUGCCAAGAGGUCCUCGAGCGCUCCCGGGAUGUAGUCGAUGAAGUGAGUGUUUCGCUUAGGCUGUGGGACACCUUUGGAGACCAUCACAAGGACAGACGUUUUGCCUAUGGACGAUCUGAUGUGGUUGUGCUGUGCUUCUCAAUCGCAAAUCCCAACUCCCUAAAUCAUGUAAAAACCAUGUGGGCUCAGGAGAUAAAGCAUUUCUGUCCUCGCACCCCUGUCAUACUGGUUGGCUGCCAGCUGGACCUGCGAUACGCCGAUCUUGAAGCAGUUAAUAGGGCAAGACGACCACUGGCCAGACCUAUAAAAAGGGUGGACAUCUUGCCACCAGAAAAAGGACGAGAAGUUGCGAAGGAACUUGGUAUUCCAUAUUAUGAAACCAGUGUUUUUGAUCAGUUUGGGAUAAAGGAUGUUUUUGACAAUGCAAUUAGAGCAGCUUUGAUCUCCAGAAGACAUCUCCAGUUUUGGAAGUCUCAUCUAAAAAGAGUUCAGAAACCUUUUCUUCAAGCGCCAUUUCUUCCCCCCAAAUCACCGCCACCAGUUAUUAAAAUCCCUGAAACCAGUGAGUCUACCAUGAAUGAUGCUGGAGAUUUGCUGGACAACCCAUUGUGUGCAGAUAUUAUGUUUGUCCUUCGGGACCAAAAACAGAUCUUCGCUCAUAAAAUUUACCUUGCUACCUCCUCCUCAAAAUUUUAUGACCUUUUUUUAAUGGAAUACGAACAGUCCCAGAAUUCUGCUGACCGACACUGCAAGAAAGAAAAGCCUACCAAGGACUUGCUAAUGCGGACAUUAAGUCUUGAUACAGAUGAGGACACAGAUGGGGCUUCCUUGAAACCUUCAAAUGCCUGUCUUCGGAUAUCAAGAAGUGAUGAUACCUUACUCACUACAGACUGUGAAGGAGAAAGUUGUGUUGCACUGUCAACAUGGAGCAAAGGCUUUCUCAGCAUGCAUCAAGAAUCGAUGGUCAAUCCAAUUUCAAACAGGACUUGUCCAAUGACUGUGGUCCGAAUGGACUCUUCUAUACAGUAUGGGCCUUUUAAGACUGUGCUACGGUUUCUGUACACAGGACAGUUAGAUGAAAAUGAGAAAGGUUUGAUGCGAGUGGCACAAAUUGCAGAAAUCCUGGAAGUAUUUGACUUGAGGAUGAUGGUAGAAAACAUUACAAACAAAGAAGCCUUUAUGAACCAGGAGAUCACAAAAGCAUUCCACGUCAGAAAAGCAAAUCGAAUCAAGGAAUGUCUUUCCAAGGCAACCUUUUCUGAUGUGACUUUUAAAUUGGACGAUGGAAGCAUGAGUGCCCAUAAGCCACUUUUAAUCUGCAGCUGUGAAUGGAUGUCUGCAAUGUUCGGAGGUUCAUUUGUAGAAAGUGCAAAUAAUGAGGUCAUACUUCCUAAUGUAAGCAAAUCAUCAAUGCAAGCCGUCUUAGACUAUCUGUAUACGAAGCAGCUGUCAUGCACACCAGAGAUGGAUCCACUGGAGCUGAUUGCAUUGGCCAACAGAAUCUGCCUUCCACAUUUGGUCGCACUUACAGAACAGCAUUCUGUGCAAGAGCUGACCAAAGCUGCAAUGAAUGGGCUGGAUAUUGAUUAUGAAGUGCUGACUUAUCUGGAAUUGGCUCAGUUUCACAAUGCACAUCAGUUGGCUGCCUGGUGCCUGCACCACAUCUGCACGAAUUAUAAUAGCGUUUGCUCCAAGUUCCGCAAAGAAAUCAAAGCAAAAUCUGCUGAAAAUCAGGAAUAUUUUGAAAGACAGCGAUGGCCACCAGUUUGGUACCUGAAAGAAGAAGACCACUACCAGCGAGUAAAGAAGGAAAGGGAGAAGGAAGACAGUGUCCUUAAUAAACACCGGUCAAAACGCAAGUGGUGCUUCUGGAGCAACUCCUCAGCGGCCUUUGCCUAAGCAAUGACUUCAUUGCAGACUUGAAAAACACAUGUGUAUGAAUAUUGUCUUAAUGUUCAAACAAGCUGUACAGUAGUUACCUUUUUGAAGCACUGAUUUCAAUCCACGUGUGUGCAUUUAAUGUUUUUAUAAGAUCAAAGCACAAUUCACUUCAAGCAGGUCAAAAAGCUUGUUACCUUCAGCUGGAAGUGGGUCCACACAGACCCCAUGUGUCACUGAAAAUGUUUAAGGCAUAGAUAGGCAUUAAAAAAAAAAUGACACUAAAUACAGGGAUCUCUAAUUGUGGAGCAAAUAAGCCAAUACAAGGACAAGUGCUUAUGCAUUAUAUUGCUAUAUUGCAGAGCGCAAGCUCCAUCUGUUCUCUGCUCGUACUGUGUUCCUAAAAGUUGGGAUCAAAGUUGUGUAGUAUACAGGAUAGUGUCUCACGUUAACCUCUGUCUAGGACAAUCAUGUUCAAAGCUGUAUGUACUUAUGUUACUGCUUAAAACCCAGCUCUUGAAAAUCAAAGAGAAUCUUCACAUUCAGGUAUUUUUGAAAUUAAUAAUUAGCCUGCAUGUUCUUUGUGAUCAGCAGUUAUAGCAAUGCAAAAGUUGCCUGUGCCGCUUA